AUGUUUGCGAAGAUAUCCCAUUGUGUGGUUCUGUGCUAUCUCGUUGCAAACGUUCACAGUUUGCCACUCCAUGAGGUGGAGCGUCCCUCUUUCUGGUCGUUAUCACCUCGAAUAGCAUCAGCAGGCCACAUGUCUCGGCACGAAGCUCUCGAGUCGAGGCAAAUGGACUCUCGUCUCCCUCUGCCCUUACCUCAGGAGCUGGAGGCAAUCAAGAAGGUCGCUCAGGUGCUCGUGAUGCUGGGAGAACAGGUGAUACCGGACAUCAUCAGCCAGGUCCCGACUGCGCCAGCCUACACAAUCAGUUCACCAUCGCCUGCAGAAGUGCCUAACGAUCCCGUUUAUCUUAAUUGA